AUGCAUACUGCUUCUACAAACAUUUGCAAAAGACUGUGCAAUAAGUCCAUCCCUGAAAUUUUCUUGCUACUAAAUAUUCCACAGUCAAAUGUUAGUUGUAUUAUAACAAAGUGGAAGCAACUGGGAACAACAGCAACUCAUCCAUGAAGUGGUAGGCCACGUAAAAUGACAGAACGGGGUCAGCGCAUGCAGAAGUCACAUACAGUGCAUAAAGUGUGCAGAAGUCACCAACUGCAGAGUUAAUAGCUAAAGACCUCCAAACUUAGCGUGGCCUUCAAAAUUAGCACAACAGUGCAUAGAGAGCUUCAUGGAAUGGGUUUCCAUGGCUGAGGAGCUUCAUCCAA